UUGUCGGGCAAGCUGCGUCUUUCAGUUACAGUCGCUUGUUGUCGCUUCAACGUUCUCGUUCUGUGACCGUGCGCCCUUCUUCAAAGUGUUGAAAAUUUAUUUAAAAAAAGAAAUAAUAUAUAUUAAUAAAUAAGAAAAUAACUGCCGACAAGGCAUACCGAAAAUCGCACUAACAAAUAGAAAAUAACAAAAUCUAACCAAAUUAUCGACGUGUGUUUCAUAUUAUUCAAUAAAAAUAAAUAUGCAGUACCUCUAUGUGAUUAGCGCGCUAAUUUUGGCAAUUGUCGUGCAGCAAGGCGUUGCCAUCAAGUGUUUCGUGUGCAACAGCCACAAAGACGCCAACUGUGCACUAGACAUACCGCCAGACAACUUGCUAAAGGACUGCCAGGAGGAUUACUCAUCGCGCGAUCGUGGCAUACCCACCUAUUGUCGCAAGAUCACACAGAUCAUUGAGUUCUCUGUGAAUAGCCUGCCUCCAGAUAGCCGUGUGAUACGCACUUGCGGUUUCCAGAAUCAAACAUCGACCAAUUAUUGCUAUCAGCGUGCCGGCUUUGGCGGCCGUCAGGUUGUCUGCUCCUGUGAUACGGACAAUUGCAAUGGCUCCGCCUCACUGAGCGGCAUCUCUGGCCUAGGUCUAUUGGCCACCGUGGGUCUGCUCCUGGGCGCCUGCAAGUGGUUGCAGCGUUAAUCCGUUUUCGUUUAGCAAUUGUCUUUCUUUGUUUUUUCGAUUAUCAUUUUGUUUCCAAACCAAACCUAUUGAGUUCUGUGUCAGCUAUAAUCAUUCGAA